GUUCAUUAAAAAAAAUUUAAAAUUUGAUUUAUAGCAAAUUUGUUAACGUAUCUGUUAAUUAUAAUAAAAUUUCAUAAGCGUGUGUGGAAAGUAUUAAUGUUUUGAUUCCUAAGACAAUAUUACCUACCUACCUACUGUCCAGUGAUAGAAAUGAAUCAAUUGCAAAUUAGCGGAUACAUUUAAAAAUACAAGUUAAAUGCAACGAACCAAAUAAAUUAAACUUUAUGAUAUAUACACAUAAUGUCUUGCGUGCGGGAAUCAUCACCGCAAUCUGAACAUGUUGUCAAUCAAAGACCAGAACCCAAAAGACGCCGGUUUCAUCCUCUCAGAGGAUUACGUCGGAUAUUCAGACGUAAGGCACCAAGUCCUGAGCCUAACGAAGUCAAAUUGUGUGACGAUAUAAUAGAACCACCUAGUUUAGAUACGUCUCGAAGUCGCUCUACUAGUCAGCUGAUUGACGAGCCAUUUACUAGGAGGCGAAGUUUACACUCCACUUUAUUAAGUGUCAGCCAUGACAGUGUGUUCAACCCUGAACAGCAUUCUGGUCAGUCCGAUUCUGAAUCUGCUGUAUCUGUACCGCGACUAGGAUUUCCACAAGCCAAUAUACAGGCCGAAUUACUCGAAGCUGUAAGAAGACGAAGAAAAGUUCAAGAUGACGAUGAUAGUGAUGAUGUGGACGAAGAAGAUUUGGGACUCCCCCGAAGCCCAUCAAUGCAUUCUCCUACAAUAGCUGCUGGCAAUGAUCUCCUAUUGAGCAAAGAGCUGAUAACUAAAUCUUCACAUAGCACCUGCAGUGAUGGAUCACUCCUUAGUAUGGGAAGUUCAGAAAUGGAUGAAGAUUCUUUCGGAGCUCAUAAUUCUCGACAUUCGUCAAAAGUAUCAUUAUAUGACAAACGUACUUCUCAAACUCACCUAGACAGUUCAGAUGGUGAUUCUUCGACUAGCGUUCCCCUUAGUCAUAGUGCAGCUAAACACCGAAUGGCAAUCAGGCCUAAAAGAAAGCACGGCAAUCCUCGAAGCAAAAAACCGCUUACCGUUGCGAAUGCUCUUCCCGCAACUCCCGAAGUAAACGAAGAGCACUCUGGCCGGUCAGCAUCGCCCGAAACGAAGCCUCAAACCACCGAUACAGCAGAUGGCACCACUAUUACCACCAGUCCCAUCACCAUUACCACUUUAACCACCACUACCACUACCACCUCCAUCACCGCCAUUACAACCGCCGCCGACGACGGUUCUUGCACCGCCGCUUCUGUAACGCCCGGGUCCUGUGACCUGGACACGUCGGUCGACGAAAUUUCCGUGGAAAACGUUCCGCGGCGCGAAGAGGGCUUUUUUCACCGCUUGUUGUCGCGCCGAAGUACCAAGAAAAAGCCCACAGCCAAGUCCACGUCGACCGAAGACGUCGAUGUGGACCGAUUUUUGUUUGACGAGACGAUGGGCGCGAAACCGAGGCAGCGCGAAGAACCACCGCCGGCGGGUCGCAUGCAAGUGUCGUAUCCGCCGGAUUUGCCACCCGACCAUCAGCCGUACACCGACGGCGGCGGUCACGUGUCGACGCACGUGUUGGCCGAAGAGAUUUUUGAGUCGGACACGUUCGCCCCGAUCAAACAGUCGUUCAGCCUUGGCCAGCAGACGGCCUCUACUGACGAGGACGCGACUUCCACCGGCGGCGGGUCUUCGGUGCAGAAGUCGUCGUCUUCGGACAGCGUGUCAAGCGCCGCGUUGGACGAGCCCACGGCCGGCGCGGAGUCGGUGACCACGACCGAACGUUGCCGCAGUUAUAGCUCCAGCGAUUCGGAACACCACGUCAACGGGCAUCUCCACGUUCAACGUGCGUUUCCCGUGCCGGCGCCGCGCCUCUCUAAACUGUACAACGGCGGUGGUGGUGGUGGUGGCGUCGGUGGUGCGCCCGUGGACGUGGUAGUGCGCAGGAAAAAGCGUGACGAUCAGCAGCCCGAACUGUUCAAGGUGUUCGCGCGGCGGUCGUUGAAGUUGGGCAAGGACGGCGAACCGGAGCUGCUGCUGGUGGCCGGCGACUGUGCGGAUGACGGCGGUGGCGGUGCCAAUGAAGAAUACAAGGAGUGUGCUGACGAAAUCACCGUGGUACCGUCCGAAAACGAAGUGGUCGUGGUCGUUGUGGACAAUAAGCCCGAAGUGGACGUGAACGAGAAUCAGACGCCGCCGGUAGCUCCGGCGAUCGAAGUCGUGCCCAGGUUCAAGCGCAUCCAGCAGCGCCGAGAGGAGUGGGAGAAGAGAUUACUGCAGCAGCAACGGAAUUGAGCCAAGUUAUAUCGACCCAUAUCCUCAGUUUUCCUUUCCUCCCGCGUUCGCCAAUCAUUCGUGGCUCCCCUCACCUUAGCCCACUAGCAGUGUGCAGUAAAUCAUUUUUAAGCAAUAUUAUAAAUAAUCGCUUUUACAUUUUAUAUAUAUAUAUAUAUAUAUUUCAAUUUUCCUUUUUAUAUACACGGAACGGUGCUAGA